GGUAGCAAUAAUAACAGCAUUAGAAAAUAUAGUAGAGAGAUUAUAUUUUAUACCAGUAAAGUUCAAACAAAUCACUCAUAUGCCAGUAGGAUUUUUUAAAGUACUAAUGAUAAUUUGCAUUAACUCAAAGAGCUUCAUAAAAAUAACCAACUUCAUUUGUUAAUAUUCUUUAUUAUGUAUGAAAAAUCAGAGAAAUCACAUAAUGCACCAUUUUUCCAGGUGUCACCUAUAUCCUCUCAAUCAUUAUCUUCACGAUUGUCAUCAAAGAAGUCCAAUCAAACAAUAGUGAGUGCGAAAAAAUUACACAAUCCAUUGGAUAAUGAAAUCUUCCUAAUACAACCACCGAACACUACUGUUUGUAUUGGUGACAAAAAUCAUAAUAAAAAUGAGGAUUUUCAACACACUGUAUGUCAAACAGUAAACAAGAAAAAUGAUAAGAGAAGCACUAAAGAGAAAAAUAAUGGUCAAAAAUCGUCUUUAUGUAGUCGACUUUUUCCUUGUUGCGUUAGUAAACAGUCUAAACCAGCAAAAAAUUCUUCUUUUUUUACUAGACCAAAUGAUAACGACGAUGAUUGUGACAAUAAUGAUAAUCAUAAAGAUACUGGGAAUAAACAAAAACUAAUCACUGAGUCACCGUCUACAGAAGUUGAUUAUUUAGAUAAUUCAGAUGAAGCUACUUUAAGAUUAAAGGAUUCCUUUAGGACCUAUGAAGAACGUCAGAAAUAUAAAUCUAUCAUUCAGGAUGCUCCAUUGUACCAAAUAUAUACAGAGAAGGCUUCAAUCAGUGAAUCAAGACGUGAUGCACGAAGACUUUUAGCUCUCGUUCAACCUGGCUCUUUGGAUAAUCCAUCAAAUAAUUUAAAAUUUGAUGAUGAAUUAUUUACUGCAAUAGAUGGUGAUGAAUCCGAUCCAAAUAAUCAGUAUUCACAAAAAGUACCUAGUAAUUUGAUAGAUAGUCAACAGUCAUCUAUUCGUAUGAAAAAUUCUGAGCGAAGAGAUUUGCCAUUUCAUCCACAGAAUAGCGGCUCUUCCUCAUUCAGAUCAAGGAAUAGUGACUCACUGAAAACCUCUUCAGUUAAGCGGGCUCAUUCAAAUUCUAAUGCUAGUGAAAGAAGUGGAAACCAAAAUUUUAUUUCUAAGCCGCGAAGACAGACUCAAGAAGUUCAGAAUUUCGUGAAUGAAGUUGCUGGAAAUGGACCUAAUCGUGUACAGUGGUCUGAAAUGCCUCAAGUGAUCAGCGCAGGUUUGGCCAGGGACCUACCUGAUUAUCAAAAGAAGUUGCAAGAGGCACUGUUUGAAGUUAUAACGUCAGAAGCGUCAUACUAUCGAACCCUGCAUAUUUUAAUAGAAAAGUUUUAUAAAGCUCAGUGUAUGCAGCCAGAUUCUAAAACGUCUGUUAUAACAGCUAUUGAGAAACGACACUUAUUUUCAAAUAUAUCGGAAAUAUUUUUCACUAGUGAAACAUUUCUUCGAGAUAUGGAAUUAUAUUUUAUUCAAAAUCCACUGAUACCUCAAUUAUGUGAAAUUAUAUAUGAACAUACUGAGAAUCAUUUUGAAAACUAUGUAAAAUAUGUACAAAAUCAAAUGUACCAAUUAAGAACAUUAACGAAAUUAUUAUCUUCUCCUGCUUUUGUAGAAGCUGUUCGCUCAAUACAGCAACAACCAAGCUGUGGAUUCCUAGAUCUUAAUUCCUUCCUAUUACUUCCAAUGCAACGUGUUACACGUUUACGUCUUUUAUUGACUGCUAUCUUACACUAUGCUCCUAAAAACGGUGUUACGUAUCAAAGUGGUUUGGUAGCCCUUGCGUCUAUAGAAAAACUUAUAAGUAAAUGUGAUUCAGAAAAAGCUCGUAUGGAACAAAAAGAACGUCUUGUAGAAAUUUGUAGAAGAUUAGAAUACAAAUAUGAUGCAAAGUCUUUGGCUACGGAAAGUCGGACACUUGUAAAAGAAGGUGAUCUACGUCUUUUAACAAUGACCAAUGUACAGGGUAGCGGAUUCCACCGUCGUUUCAGCAGUAUUCGUAAACCCAAGGCAACAAUAGCAACUCUAUUUCUAUUUAGUGAUUACUUAUUAAUUACCAAAAAGCGAAGUAAUCAGCAUUUGUUGGUUGAAGAUAGUUGCUCGUUGAACUAUAUUCACGUGGAGGCCCAAAAUGCCUUACGGAAUUGUUUCAUACAUCAUUUCUGCCGAUCUGGGGAUCCCAAAUUAAGUGCACAAUUAGGACAUGUGACUUAUGUAAAAACGUUGAGUCUUCCUAAGCAAACUGCUACUGAAAAAGGCAACGUAAACAAUCAAAAACCACGAAAAUUUUCUACAGAUACAAAUAAUGCAGAUGUUGGGCUCAAUGUAUUUUCGUUUCUUCUAGUAAUAGAAGGCCCUGAUCAUCCACGUGUUCAGUACGUGUUCCAAGCAGAAACACUGAAUCUUCAUCGACUUUUGAAUUUCAAGGUCAUCGUAAUGCAUCCGAACAACUUAGUAAACUAUUGUGGGUUGAAGUAUAUUAAAGCUUCAGGUCAAAAUGACGCAUUGCUAUUGUGACAGGGAUCGAUAAAUUAGUCUUACGAAUACGUAUGCAGUUUCAGUACACAGCAUUACAUACUACAAAACAUGCUGAGAAUAUCUUAUAUCUUAUACUAAUAAUAUAAUUUAGUUUUGUUUCAAGCUAUUCACCUUUUUAUCAAGGAAAUCAGUUUAUAAUUUGGUUAACAGGCCCUGAAAACAUGUAGAACAAUCCUCUUUCCAAUUUAUCAUCAUCAUCACCAUCAUAAGCAUAACUAAUGGAUAAUUACUUUAGUGUACUAUAUACUAUGUUCUCAGAAAUUACUACAUUGAUAUGUUGAUGGAUAUUCGGAUAGUAAUAACUGCAACAAUGAAUCCAUAGUGUAAUAAAUGGGAAACAAUGAAAAGAAAUUAUAAAACAUAACUACUUUCAAAUGUUAAUUAUUUCGUUGUUCGUUUUGAACAAUUACUUAUCUGUAUCCAAUAAUUACGUGUGAUGAAAAACUUUUACUCAUAUUCAAAUGGCAAACAUAUCCAAAUAGAUCAGCAAGAUUUAAUCUUCUUCAGUAACAGAAAUGAAAUCUUUUUUUGUCCUAACCAUUACUCAUAAAACUUCUUAAUUUUUGUCGUUUUCAGUAUAAUGGAUAGUAGCUAUCUUUUGACAUUGUUAUUUCCUAAUAAUCUCAUUUCUUUCCAAACUUCUGGUUCGACUAGCAAGUUAUUCGAUAUCAGUUUAAACAGCAUCGUCUACGGGACUCAUCAUUCAAUACUAGAACACUGUGAAAUAUAUUUCUUAGCUUCAAGACUUUAAAACAAACAGUGUGAAGUCUAGAACCAAAAUUUACGCCAUAAGAAUAUUUUGUGAUAUCCAUACAUAGUGAUGAGAGUAGAUGAAUACAAAUAAGUUGAGUCUCAAUGAGUUGUUUUAUAACCAUAGCUAAAUUUGUAUUUCUACAACGGGCCCUUCCAAUUUUAAAAGGCCAUCGUAACAAAUGAUCUUACUAUCUGCAUGCAUGAAUUUCCUGUUUUCACUCAUUAUAACAUAAUCAGUUUCCACCUUCUGAAUUUCCAAUUUGACAUGUUCGGAUAAUCAACGACAAAAAUAUGUUUUUCAAUACAGAAAUCUGUUAAUUAUCCAUAAAACAUUCAUUUAUAAAGGUUUACGUGAGGAAAAAAGUACAUGGCUAAAUGUCUCACCAUAAAUCUUUUACGUUUUCUAAGAUAAAUUCCUUUCUGUUAUUCAGAAGAAAGUGCAAUAAUCCACCUUUAUUCCAAAUGGUUUAUUUAAAUUAUGUAUCUAAUGUUUUAAUAUAUUUUCAGAAUGUCAAUAAUAUUAUGUUCUUUAAUCUGGAUUUUAGCGGAAAACCUCUCAUUAUUUCCCUAGACAACAUCAUCAGUAUAAAUUCUCUUCUAUAUAAACUAUCUUGAAGAAUUAAACUUGUUAUUCUUUUAGAACAGGUGACAAGAUGAAGUAACUUCUAUUAUUUUUCUUUGUUUAUCAUUUUGUGAUUUUUACUCAGUUCGAAAAGAGAACGAUGGUUGGAUGGUCUUUCAUGUGGUCGUCAUGGUAUCCCCGAAAAUCUAGGUUCGGACAUCUGCGAAUGUCCUCAAGUACUCAUCACUAAAUCUUAUUCUGCUAUUGAAUGUGAUGAACUAGAAUUAAAAGAGGGAGAUCAAGUUAAUGUGCUUGUCAGCUUAUCAGAUGGCUGGCUAAAAGGAGCAUUACCUGACGGUAGACGUGGAUGGUUUCCAAGUCAUAUUUGUACUGAAGUCAAAGACUCAUCAAUGAAACGUGAAAAUAUGAAAAAUUUUAUGCUUAUGGAAGAAGCUAAAGCAGCCUACAGCGUGAGAAAAAGCCGUGAAACAUUUGAUGGUUUUCCUAAAAUGAAAGAUAUUCAAAAUAGUAAUCGAGACUUAGGAAAAAUUAGACCAAGAUAAUACAACAUAUAUAAAGAACGAUGAUGAACUACUUAGCUAGUAAACGAAAUUAUGUUUUUAUUUUACUCUUUUCUCUCUUUUCAUAACCUUUCUUUUCUCAUACUGAAUGACCAAGAUGGAAUACUAGACGAAGUGUUGCCCAGCAAUAAUCCUAGGGAAAUCAUAAUCUUACUUGCUUUUUAUUUUUAAAUAAACGAUAACAAAUAACAAUCGCUGUUCACCAUUUACUUCUUAAUGAAUAUAGCACUCAAAGAGUAUAACAAAUAUGACCAUCUUUAAACUUGUAAAGUUUCUGUUAAUUUUAAAUAUUUAAAUGUGGAACUUUUUCAAAAUAUUCCAACUGAAUCAAAUCCAUUAUCAGCAAUAGGACUUUAAUUAUGUACAAACUUUCAGUUUUUAAACUUUACGAUUUUGAUAGGUCAUUGAAACUGUUUUACUAGUAACCGAGAAUCCCCUCACACUAAUCUUAUUGAUGAAUUAUAGUAAUUCUUUUUACGAGUAACUACUAUUUGUUCAGAAUUCUUAAAAAUAACGAUAUGAAAAUAUUCAU